UGUUCACAGGCGAAGAAGAAGGAAGUGGAUGGUGUGUGUUUGCUCGGGCGUCAGUAAUUUAUUUUUUAUCAGAGAGUUAGGGAAUAGUUUAAGGGCUGAAAAUCUGUUAGGAAGCUAAGCGAAGUGAUCGGACGGAGAGUUGUGUGAGCUCUUCUGCUGGACGCUCCUUGGCUCUCCUGUGUUUGAGGGCGAUAGAUGGGGGAGGCUUUGGCCGGAGGAUGGCGGCUGUGAGCGGCAGCGGUCAUGUCAGCUGUGUUGGUGUGGCGUUCCACCAGCGGCUUGGGAGGAUGGGCCCCGCUGCUGUGUGUGCUCCUGGGCUCCCUGGUGGCCCUGCUGGCCCCCAUGGUGGGGGUGGAGGAGCGCUGCUGCUCCGCGCUCAGAGGCUUAGCUCUGCUCCGCUGCCAGCUGUGGGGAGGCUCCCAGCAGCCUCCAGCGGCGCAGACCACCGGCCUCACGGUGCCCUUCACCGGCCUGGACCUCCUGCCGCAGAGGGCCAAGCCCAGCAAAGAGAUGAUGCUUGAGGCCAGAGCAGCGCUGCAGCAAGCUCAGGAGAUGAAGAAAGUGGGGAAGAGGGAGAAGGCCCACAAGCUGCUGGUUCAUGCCCUCAGUCUGAACCCAGACUUUGUGGAUGCCUUGACAGAACUGGGCACUAUUUUAGAGGAGGAGAAAGAUGUAGUCCAGGCAGACCACCUCUACACCAAGGCUUUAGCCAUCUCGCCAUCAAAUGAGCGUGCUCUGGUUAGCCGAGACCGAACUCUUCCUUUGGUGGAAGAGAUUGACCAGCGUCACUUUAGCAUCAUUGACAGUAAAGUUCAAAGACUCAUGUCUAUUCCUAAGGGCAAUUCUGCACUCCGACGAGUGAUGGAGGAAACCUACUACCACCACAUCUACCACACAGUGGCCAUUGAAGGCAAUACACUCACAUUGUCUGAGAUCCGUCACAUCAUUGAGACACGCUACGCGGUCCCCGGGAAGAGUCUUCAGGAGCAGAAUGAGGCCAUCGGCGUGGAUUCAGCCAUGAAGUACAUUAACACGACACUGUUGUCCAGAACAGGAGAGAUCACUGUCAAUGACAUUCUGGAGAUUCACAGACGGGUGCUUGGUUAUGUCGACCCUGUAGAAGGAGGGAGGCUGCGUACCACCCAAGUGUUUGUGGGCAACCACAUCCCACCUCACCCUCGGGACUUGCAGAGACAUAUGCAAGAGCUGGUUCAGUGGCUCAACUCUGAUGAGGCUCUCCAGCUUCACCCAGUGGAGUAUGCCGCUCUAGCCCACUACAAACUAGUGUACGUGCACCCAUUCAUCGAUGGCAACGGGCGCACAUCACGUCUGCUAAUGAACCUUGUGCUCAUGCAAGCACGGUACCCGCCCAUUACGAUUCGCAAAGAACAAAGGGCUGAAUACUACGCGGCUCUAGAUACGGCCAACGAGGGCGACGUACGCCCUUUCAUACGCUUCAUAGCCAAAUGCACAGAGAUCACACUGGACACUCUGUUGAUUUCUACAGCCGAGCAUGCCGUAGGUCUGCCAGGAGCCGCCCAGCACCAGUCCUGCAGUGACUGCCAGCAAACUAUACCGGUCCGCAACUGACCUGGGUAAAGCCUGUGGGAGCGGGACCACCAUGCAGGCAGCCAUGCUAUCUAAAACCUUCAUCAAUUGCCAUAUUUCUUAUUUCUCACUCUGGGUUCUCUGCCUUUGGUGUUUUUGUUUUUGUGUUUUAGCACUUUUACAGGAACAUUGAACCUGUGGUUCCACCUCUCUACAGCAGUUGAAUUUUAGUAUGAUGUAGCCAUGUUAUUUGUUUCUGAAUAAUGAUGGUAGUGCAUCUUGCCAUUUCCAGAUUGCAACAGAAGAAUCCUGUGGCAUUUUAGUUACUUUUAUUUCCAGCAGAACAUCUGACAUUCCUGUCAUGUAAUGGAUUUUUUUUUUUCAGUGAUGGGUUAUUUACUGUAGUUUCUCUUUUCUCUCCGAGAUAAAGUCUGACACUGUAAAGCACUUUUAUGUAUUUAAUAAUUUAUUUUAAAAUAAAACGGCUUCCACCUCA